CAAGGGAAAAUUAGGGUUUAUAUUCUCAAGCUUUUUCGAACACCAUUGAUCCUUGAUCUUAGAUUUGUCUUCUAUUCAAGUUUCUUAAGGGCUUUGAUCAAACUCAAAAUCGAAGACCAAGACAUUGAAGGAUUCUGGUAAAGCUAAGCAAUUAUGAGUUCAAAUUCAUGGGCUGAUGUUUCUGAAUCAGAGAGGGCACCAUCUGGUGCUUGGGGUUAUUCUCGUCCGUCUCGAACCAACUAUGUUCCUCCACAUCUUAGGAGCCGUACACCGUCUUCGGAUUUUGUUGCUCCUUCACCUGGUAAUGAUCGUGGGGGAUAUGGUGGUGCAAAUAGUGGUUAUGGUGGUCGAGGCCAAGGUUAUGGUGGUCGAGGUUCGGGCUAUGGUGGUAGAGGAGGUGCUGGGGGCGGUUGGAAUGCCAGAAGUGGAGGUUGGGACCGUCGGGAUACUGAAACUAACCCGUUUGGUAAUGAUGGAAAUGCAGACCCGGUUGUUAACGAGCAGGAAAACACAGUCAUUAACUUUGAAGCCUAUGAAGAUAUUCCCAUCGAGACAAGUGGGGAUAAUGUGCCACCCCCUGUUAAUACAUUUGCAGAGAUAGACCUCGGAGAAGCUCUGAAUCUAAAUAUCCAGAGGUGCAAAUACGUGAAGCCGACCCCUGUUCAGCGUAAUGCAAUUCCCAUAUUGGCUGCCGGAAGGGAUUUGAUGGCUUGUGCUCAGACAGGGUCUGGGAAGACAGCUGCCUUUUGUUUUCCGAUUAUUAGUGGGAUUAUGAAGGAUCAGCAUAUAGAGAGACCACGCGGAGUUCGGGGAGUCUAUCCUCUUGCUGUCAUUCUCUCACCAACAAGGGAGUUGGCUUGCCAGAUACAUGAUGAAGCCAGAAAGUUCUCCUAUCAAACUGGAGUGAAAGUUGUGGUUGCUUACGGAGGAACACCAGUCAACCAACAGAUUAGGGAGCUUGAAAGAGGAGUUGAUAUUCUUGUUGCAACUCCUGGGAGAUUAAAUGAUUUGCUUGAGAGAGGUAGAGUCUCAUUACAGAUGGUAAGAUUUUUGGCACUUGAUGAGGCGGACAGAAUGCUGGACAUGGGUUUUGAACCACAAAUCAGGAAGAUCGUUCAGCAGAUGGACAUGCCUCCUCCUGGUGUCCGGCAGACAAUGUUGUUCAGUGCAACAUUUCCUAGGGAGAUACAGAGACUUGCAUCUGAUUUUCUUUCAAAUUACAUAUUUCUGGCUGUUGGGAGAGUGGGUUCAAGUACGGAUUUAAUUGUCCAAAGAGUAGAGUUUGUCCAUGAUUCUGACAAAAGAAGCCAUCUAAUGGACCUUCUUCAUGCCCAGAGGGAGAACGGUAACCAAGGAAAGCAAGCUUUGACUCUAGUUUUUGUGGAGACAAAGAAGGGAGCUGACUCUUUGGAGAAUUGGUUGUGCAUCAAUGGUUUCCCAGCAACGACCAUUCACGGUGAUAGGUCACAACAGGAAAGAGAAGUGGCACUGAGAUCAUUCAAGACUGGACGGACACCUAUUUUGGUUGCAAACCGAUGCAAUUCAGGACUAGCAACUGCUUUCUUCAAUGACAACAACACAUCAAUGGCCAAGCCUCUGGCUGAGCUAAUGCAAGAAGCAAACCAGGAGGUCCCUGACUGGCUGACUCGAUACGCAUCUCGUGCUUCAUUUGGAGGUGGUAAGAACCGGCGGUCUGGUGGACGGUUUGGUGGCCGUGACUUCAGGAGAGAAUCUUUUAGCCGAGGCAGUGGUGGUGCUGACUACUAUGGUGGUGGUGGUGGGUAUGGAGGCGUUCCUGGUGGUGGCUAUGGAGCAAUGCCUGGUGGGUACGGACCCGUUCCAGGUGGUGGAUAUGGAACUGUUCCUGGUGGUGGUUAUGCACCUUAUGGUAGAGGUGGUGGUGCUUACUAUGGUGGAGGUCCUGGAGGAUAUGGAACUGUUCCUAGCCAAGGGUAUGGUCCUGGAGUGGCUAGUGCGUGGGAUUAAGCUUUAACUUCAAUUCUUCAAGAACCGAUUAUGUUCUCUCUCUCUCACUUAUCUCUAUUGUUUAUUAUUAGGGAGCAGCCACCGAUGUGUAUGUUUGCUCUUUAAAUGGUUAUGUAGUAGACACGAAUCGAAUCUUUGUUCACUGUGAAAAAAGAAAAACCCCUAGCGACU